CGAAAUAUCCAUCCACGAGCCCCGCCGUGGCCAGCUCGUGGAGAAGGCGAUGCUGCGCGCUUGCGGCGGCGCCAGCGCGGCGCCGGUGCCCGCGCUCGUCAGGGCGCGCCUCGCGAGGCAGGCCUCCUCCGCAGCCUACGCCGCCGCCGCCGGUGCCGCCUCCCGUUCUGCUCUGGAAGAGCUCGCCGCCGGGCGCAAAGGUUUGGCAAGAGUAGUAUUAAAGAAGGGAAAGACUCAAAUAUUUCGAGAUGGGAGUCCAAUGGUGUAUAGUGGUGCUGUUGACAGAAUAAUUGGUCGACCUCCUCCAAAAACAGGUGAUGUUGUUCUUGUAGCUGAUGGGGCAGAGAAACCUAUUGGAUGGGGUCUCUAUAACUCCGUGUCCAUGUUUUGUGUUCGACUGAUGCAACUAGAAGAAGAGGCAACAAGGGACCCGACAUGUGCACUAAAUAUGGAAAGACUACUUGAGGCAAGGAUUUUAUCUGCUGUGGAUUUACGGCGCAGUUUGGGUCUCCCCUCAGUUCACACCAAUGCUUAUCGUCUCAUCAACAGUGAGGGGGACAGAUUGUCUGGUCUAAUAGUGGAUAUCUUUGCUGAUGUUGCUGUUAUUGCUUCAUCUGCUGCUUGGGUUGAGAAAUAUAGGCAUGAGAUCCAGUUCCUUGUUAACAAAGUAAGUGAUGUCAACCAUAUAAAGUGGAGAUCGUCAACAGAUAUUCUAAAAGAAGAAGGAUUAGAUGUGUCAGAACAAAAGGAACUUGAACCGUCCCCAUCUUCACACAGUGGAACAGUAGAGGUCAUGGAGAAUAAUGUUCUCUAUCUAAUCUCAUUGGAGGGGCAGAAAACAGGGUUUUAUGCAGAUCAACGUGAGAACCGUCAUUUCAUAUCGACACUCUCAAAGGGUCAAAGGGUUCUUGAUCUUUGCUGCUACACUGGUGGUUUUGCUCUAAGUGCAGCAAAGGGUGGUGCUAAUAAUGUCAUCGGCGUUGAUUCAUCAGUAUCAGCACUGGACCUUGCGAAUAAGAAUAUUCUCCUGAAUAAUCUUGACACCGAAAGAAUUUCAUUUGUAAAAGAAGAUGCUACUGUAUUCAUGAAAGGUGCUAUCUCAAGAAAUGAGUUCUGGGACUUGGUAAUCCUUGAUCCUCCAAAGUUGGCACCUCGAAAAAAGGUGCUACAAAGUGCGUCUGGUAUGUACAGAAGCUUGAACGCUCUUGCGAUGCAGGUGGUUAAGCCUGGGGGGUUACUCAUGACAUGCUCCUGCUCUGGAGCUAUGACCCAAAGUGGUCUCUUCCUCAGAACCAUUCAGGGUGCUGCAUCAAUGGCCGGCCGAAAGGUUACGGUUUUACGUCAGGCAGGGGCAGCCUGUGAUCACCCCAUAGACCCUGCAUACCCUGAAGGUCAAUAUCUCAGCAAUUACUUGCUCCGAGUGACGUGAAAGAGAGGCUCAAAAUCCUUCUACUGACCAAUUAUUAUCACAGAACACAUCUGAAGAGCUCCCUAGUUGUAGCUGUAGAUCAUUUUUAAGUCAAUACUGGUUAGAUCAAGAAACUUUCUGAACAUGUAUGAAUGGCAUAGCUUUUGAAGAUUAUAUACUAGUCAAUUUUGUAGUGCAGACUAUAGUUAUCCUUGUUGAGAUUAACGUUUUAGACAAAUUAUAUAUGGAGUAUUGAAAAUGAGUAAUCAUUCACAUGGAGGUAGGAAUGCAAUAAAGGUAAAGUUGAACUACAAUCUGCAACAGUAUAAAAACAAUUU